GGUAUCUGUACCCCUCCCUUACUGAUCAGUGUGAUCUAUUGUCCCAACAGCCUUGCUAACACACAUGAUGGCUGAUUGUAGUCUAUAAUCUUAAAUGUUAUUGGCUCCAGGGGCGGACUGACAACUCAUGGGGCCCCCGUGCAAUAGGGGAUCAUGGGGGCCCCUGUGUCCUUGUCCAAACUCAAAAAAGCCUAUGAAAAAGGUACCAGGGGCAUCUCAUGGGGCCCCCUACUGACCCCGGGCCCUCGGGCAGUGCCGAGUUAUCAAAUGGUCAGUCCGCCCCUG